AUGCUAAUAUGUGGAGGGCAGAUCGUUCUAAAGUUUCACCUCCUACUUUUAUGCAUUGUGUGUUCUGGAGCCGUUGAACAAAUUAUUUGGACAAUGGUGAAAGAAAUGAAUGAUAUAAAUUCUAACCUUCAUGUAGUACACCAAAGAGAGAAUACCCGGUGUUUAGAAUGCGGCACAAGGGCUAAAAUGAUGAACGGAAAAGCAUUUUCUUGCCAUAAUGGCGAUCAGUUGUGUUCGGUUCAUUAUAAAUGCCCUCUGAAAUUUAACCUUUUAACCGGAACUUGGAUAACAGAAGUAGGAUGGAGACAUUUCUGCAAUAAUAUACAUGUAACAGCACCAACAACUUGGAUUGACAAAGGGCCUCUGUUAUUAGGCAGGCUGUCCUUACAGUUCUCCGUGAAAGCAUCUAAUGAUGCCUACUUCGGUCUGUCUUCCGGUAACACAACAGCAUUUCCAGGCUACUGGAUUAUUUUGGAAGGAUUUUCAAUGGACCUCAAUUGUAAAAGAGAUGGAUUUGUUUCCGGUACCUGCUACUCCCAACACAUCGGAUCGUAUCUCUCACCCAGGGAGUUUGUCCGGUAUUGGGUCCAGUGGGAUCAUGGAAAUAUCCGUGUCGGAAUCGGGGAACCGGUUGGAAGCUCAAAAAUCAUGGAACAUCAGUUUCCAAAUGCUUAUCCUAUCAGCAACGUACUUCUUAGAAACGGACAAUGGAUAAUUUAUCUUUAAGAACAUUUAUAUCUUAAGUAGAUGCAAU